AUGAAUCCGCAUCUCCUGACCGUUCUCCUGCAGUUAGCGGACGGCGAAAAGCAUGUUGGUGGUGUCGGGAUGACGGAAAAAGCUGCACUGGCCCUCCGGCAGGAGUCCCUAUUCCAGAUGGCUGUUGAGACAGUUGAGGAGAAGACUAAGGGAGAUCUUUCCGGCGAUGCUGUACAACGAGAUUCCUCUGUGGUUGUUGCAGAGUUGGCGGAUUCCUUUCCGUUUGUAGAGACGGACUUGUCCCUGACGCCACAGCUACUGGAAGAGCGCUGUCAGGUAAUUCAUAAGUUGGGGGCUACUGUGCUUAUAAAUCUCAGCAGGGAUCGCGUCCGAUCUAGGCGCUUUCCCGCUGGAGAGCUACUGCACGGCCCUGAUGGUUUCGUGGAGAGAGAGGACGGGAGGUCGUGA